CUCACUGGGAAGAAAAAAAAAACUUUUUUGUAUCGGAGGAAUCAACAGCCGCCAUCUUGACGCGGCUCAGAAUCGGGAUUUCGGGGGGAGCAUUAAUUUUGAAAACCUACCGGAGCAAUCCAGACCGGACUCAAAUGGCUUUUUGUCGCAGAAAAUCGUUGCGUUAGUCAAUCCGACGGGUCUUUAGAGAAACGCGAGGGUGAAAUAGGCUUUUGUCGUCUCGAAUGCUCACUGUAUAUUUGAUUUCCCUUUUAGAGAGCGCCGCUUCUCGCCGUAUCCCUGUGCCGAGACGCUCGUUUACCGGGGAGACAGCGGUUAUAAAAAUGAUUCACCUCAUAGAAAAUAUUUUUUGAAUUUUGUUCUUUUUAUUUAUUACAAAGGCAUAAUUUAUUGUUGCUUAUUUUUACGACAAAAAAAAUGAUUCCGGGCGGUCGCGAAGCCGACUGUUUACAAAGAAAGGGAUUCACUCACGCUGCUUGUAAUAUUUUAUGAUUGAUUUUUUAAUGCAUCCAUCUUAAUCUAAAAUAUUUUUUGGACGUAAUUAUUGGGGAUAAUUAUGUGGGUGUUGGGUGUUGGAUUAUCAUGGGGUGAUCUUCGGUGGCGAAGCGUGGCGCUGUUGCCUUUCUUUUGAUUCGUUUCUCGCCGGACAGCAAUCCGCCAGUCUUCCAAGCUUUUUUUCAGCCUCCCUGUGUGAAAGCGUAAUAAAAGUUGACAGUCUUUGCAAGGCGUUUUUUUCUGCGACCGCAAAGUGUUUUUUCCAUCUUUACUACUGAUCAAUGACAACCAGGAUGGCUGAUAAUCUGCUGGAUGUUGGACCUCCUACUGCAAAGCGACCCAAGCUUAACUCGCCCCUCUCAGGAUCAGAUGGCCCAGAUCUUGUUUCACUGUUUGACUUGGAAAAUGACCUUCCUGAUGAGCUCAUCCCAAAUGGAGACUUGUCUCACAUGGGGUUUCCCUCCAGUGGCCCAGGUGGCGCUGGGGCUCCUGCCCUCAACUCUGCCAUCCCUGAUGCAGCAGCCAACCACAAGCAGCUGUCUGAACUACUGCGACCAGGAAGCUCAUCCAUCCUGGGAUCAACACAACAGGGGAGCAUGGGGAGCAACCAGCUUGGACCUGUUCUGGGUAAAAGUCCUCUUGGACAUGGCUCUCCAAACCAUCAGUCUCCACAACCUCAGAAAGGUCCUUCUGCGACAGGACAAGGCAAUGGCUUUAACCAAGCAUUAAUGAACAGUGGACAAGGCCACGGAGUGAUGGGCCAAGCAGGGCAGGUACUGAACGGGGCUCUAGGCACCACGGGCAGAGGACGACCUGGACCUGGGAUGCAGUACCAAGGCCAAGGGGCUCAUGGGACAGCAGCUGUGGGAGGCAGUGCUCUGCCUGAGGCUCUGACAGCAGGAGGACUGCACAUGGGUCCCCAUAGUACAAUGAACUCACAGCAAGCAGGAAGCAUGAACAAGAUGGGGAUGCCAGGAAGUCUCUUUGGCCAGCAGUAUGGACAAGCUGGGCUUCAGCAGAUGGCCCCUACAGGAGUCAAUGCCCAACAGCUACAAAACAAAGUGGCACUGUCAAACAACCUCAGCCAGUUUUCUGGAGACCUAAAGGGAACUUCAAAUGCACCGAACAUGACACAGCCGCAGGCAGCAGUAGUGGGCGGGGUCCCCGGGGCGGGGCCAACAGCAGAUCCAGAGAAACGCAAACUUAUCCAGCAGCAGCUGGUUCUGCUGCUUCAUGCCCACAAGUGCCAGCGUCGAGAGCAGGCCAACGGAGACAUGAGGGCCUGCAGUCUGCCCCACUGCCGCACCAUGAAGAACGUCCUCAAUCACAUGACCCACUGCCAGGCUGGCAAAACUUGCCAAGUGGCUCAUUGUGCAUCCUCCAGACAGAUUAUCUCUCACUGGAAGAACUGUACACGGCAGGACUGCCCUGUGUGUUUACCUCUGAAAAACGCUAGUGACAAAAGAAGUCAACAGGCUCUGCUUAACUCUCCUGGAGCGAGCUUGCAGAAUGCUGUCACAAGUGUGGGCCCUGGUCAGCCCAAUGCCACAGCCAUCAACAGCGGCUCCACACAUAUGGACCACAGCUCCAUGCAAAAGGCUUUUGAUGCCCUCGGUCUGACCUAUGGGAACCAGUUGCCUGCUCAGGUUCAGGGCCAAAGCCAAGCCCAGGGGUCGCAUAACCCCCAAGCUUCCCAGCAUCACAAUGUGAACUCUUUAGGUGCUAAUCAGAUGAAUAAAAUGGGAGGAGGCAUGGGUGGAUCUUCAGAGCAGUCUGGCUUACUCCAAGACUCCAGUCUACCUGCAGCACUCAAUCAGCUGAUGCCAGAUGGGUCUGUAGCUGGAAGUUUGGGAAACUUGCCUGCUGCCACCCCUCUUGUGACGUCUGGAGUUAGAAAGCCUUGGCAUGAACAUGUCACUCAGGACCUGCGCACCCACCUGGUGCACAAACUUGUACAUGCCAUCUUCCCCACCCCAGACCCACAAACACUGAGAGACAGGCGGAUGGAGAACCUUGUGACAUAUGCAAGAAAAGUGGAAGGGGAUAUGUACGAGACUGCGAACAGCAGGGAUGAGUAUUACCACUUUCUUGCUGAAAAAAUCUACAAAAUCCAAAAGGAGCUGGAAGAGAAGAAGCGUCUGAGGUUUCAGAAACAGCCUGGUAUGGCUGGUCCUGCUGUUCCUCAGCAUCCUGGACUAACUCAACCUAAUGGAAUGGGUCAGGGGCAGGCCGUCCGUGCUCCCAAUGGACCUGUGCCCAUGCCCAACAUGCCAAAUCAGAUGAUGAACCGGAUGCAAGGACCUCAAGGAAUGAACCAGUUUAAUAUGGCAAUGCCAAAUACACAGAUGUCUCAAGGAGGACACGUUCCUUCUAUGAACCAUCCACAGCAAAUGAACGUGAACUCCGUCCCAAUGAUGAACAUGUCUCCAAGAAUGACUCAACCUCACGGGAUCCUGGGUAAUCAUCCUAACACUAUGGUUGGGCAGCAAGCCAACCCAGGACAGUUUAUGUCCCAACAAAGCCAGUUCCCUACCGCACAAGGAGGGUCAAUGAAUGCAAGCCUGGGUCAAACAAUGGCAAAAGCUCCCUCACAGGUACAAAACUCUAACCUUCCAAUAAAUGCAAUUGGUACCUAUGGGACCCCUCUGCCUGGUGGUGCAACAGCCCAGUCCAGCCUCGGUAACACCCCACCCCCUAACGGUUCUGCCGGACUGCAGCCUCAGCAGCAGAUGCAACAUCACCCCCCAGCAUCAGCUCAGAUAGCCCCUCAGCCCUCCACACCAGGCUCCACAGGGGGCCCCUCCUCUACUCCAACCCACAUCCCAAACCACCUGCCUGGACCACUGUCUGCAGCUGGAACACCAUCUGAGCCCGUCCAGCCACUCACUCCACUUCAUCCACCCCCUGACCCACCCACCCAGCUACAGCAGCCGCAUUCAGCCCAGGCACAGCACCCAAGCACGCCGAUGUCCCAGGCAGCUGCAAGUGUAGACAGAGUCCACACUCCUGGCUCUGUGGCUGAACUGCCAUCCCAGCAGGCCGUACCUGAGAUAAGCAGUACUGAACCGAAACCUGAAAUAAAACAUGAAGAGGGCAACACCACAUCCAAGGAGACUGACAUAAAAACUGAAGAGGAAACCAAGCCCCUCUCUGUGAAGAAGGAAGAACCAGAGACAAAAGAGCCAAAGCCAGAACCAAUGGAAAGUGAGGAGAAAAAGCCAGAUGUAAAGAAAGAACCCAAAGAAGAAGAGGAGAAUGAGGCUAGUGGAACCUCGGCAGCCACAACUAACCGUAAAAAAGUUUUCAAACCAGAAGAACUAAGACAAACUCUGAUGCCAACACUGGAGGCUCUGUACAGACAAGACCCAGAGUCCUUACCGUUUCGACAACCUGUAGACCCAAUGCUCCUGGGCAUUCCUGACUAUUUUGACAUAAUAAAGAAUCCUAUUGACUUGUCAACCAUUAAGCGCAAACUGGACACGGGUCAGUACCAGGAGCCUUGGCAGUAUGUGGACGACGUAUGGCUCAUGUUCAACAAUGCAUGGCUGUACAACCGUAAGACCUCUCGAGUUUAUAAAUACUGCACUAAACUGGCAGAAGUGUUUGAGUUAGAGAUUGAUCCCGUCAUGCAGAGCUUGGGCUACUGCUGUGGGCGCAAGUACGAGUUUUCACCUCAAACGUUGUGUUGCUACGGCAAACAAUUGUGUACCAUUUCCAGGGAUGGAACUUACUACAGCUACCAAAACAGUUCACCCAAAUAUGGCCUUAUCGCCGACAGGUAUCACUUCUGCGAAAAGUGCUUCAAUGAGAUCCAGGGCAAUAGUGUGACCCUGGGGGACGACCCGGCACAACCCCAGACUAUGAUUGCAAAAGAUCAAUUUGAAAAGAAGAAAAAUGACACGUUAGAUGCUGAACCUUUUGUUGAAUGUAAAGACUGUGGCCGGAAGAUGCAUCAAAUUUGUGUGCUGCACUAUGAUGUCAUUUGGCCCACAGGGUUUAUCUGUGACAACUGUCUCAAGAAAUCUGGAAAAACAAGAAAGGAUAAUAAGUUUUCUGCCAAAAGGUUGCCAUCUACAAGAUUAGGUACUUAUAUUGAAGAUCGAGUCAAUAAAUACUUAAAAAGACAAAACCACCCCGAAGCUGGGGAGGUUUUCGUGCGAGUGGUGGCCAGUUCUGAUAAAACGGUUGAUGUUAAGCCUGGCAUGAAGUCUAGGUUUGUAGAUUCAGGUGAAAUGGUCGAAGGUUUCCCUUACAGAACCAAAGCACUUUUUGCAUUUGAAGAAAUAGAUGGGGUUGAUGUUUGUUUCUUUGGUAUGCAUGUUCAAGAGUAUGGCUCAGAAUGUCCCUUUCCAAACACGAGGCGGGUUUACAUUUCAUACCUUGACAGUAUUCACUUCUUCAAACCGCGUAUGUUAAGAACUGCGGUGUACCAUGAAAUCCUGAUAGGUUACCUGGAGUAUGUGAAGAAACUAGGGUAUGUCAUGGGUCACAUCUGGGCGUGUCCGCCCAGUGAAGGUGAUGACUACAUCUUUCACUGCCAUCCUCCUGAUCAGAAGAUCCCAAAACCUAAGAGGUUGCAAGAGUGGUACAGAAAAAUGCUAGACAAAGCUUUUGCAGAGAGAAUUCUUCAUGAUUAUAAGGAUAUUUUCAAGCAGGCCACUGAAGAUAGGCUGACAAGUGCCAAUGAGUUGCCUUAUUUUGAGGGUGACUUUUGGCCUAAUGUCUUGGAGGAAAGCAUUAAGGAGCUGGAGCAAGAGGAAGAGGAAAGGAAAAAGGAAGAGAACACUGCCUCAUCUGAGACCAUAGAGGGAGCUCACGCUGACAGCAAAAAUGGUAAAAAGAAAAACAAUAAAAAAACAAACAAAAACAAGAGCAGUGUCAGUAGGGCCAACAAGAAAAAACCUGGCAUGCCGAAUGUAGCAAACGAUCUGUCCCAAAAGCUGUAUGCCACAAUGGAAAAACAUAAAGAGGUAUUUUUUGUGAUUCACCUUCACGCUGGGCCAGUGAUUAACACUCUGCCCCCAAUCUCUGACCCGGACCCUCUGAUGUCCUGUGACCUGAUGGAUGGCCGCGAUGCCUUUCUGACACUGGCCCGAGACAAACACUGGGAGUUCAGUUCUCUGCGGAGGACCAAAUGGAGCACUAUGUGCAUGUUGGUGGAGCUACACAACCAGGGCCAGGACCGCUUUGUUUACACCUGCAAUGAGUGCAAGCACCACGUUGAGACGCGCUGGCACUGCACUGUUUGUGAGGACUAUGACCUAUGCAUUAACUGCUACAACACUACCAAACAUGAGCACAAGAUGGUCAAGUGGGGUCUUGGAUUAGAUGAUGACGGAAACGGCCAGAGUAAUGAAGCCUCAAAGAGUCCACAGGAGAGUCGCCGCCUCAGUAUCCAGCGAUGCAUCCAGUCUUUGGUUCACGCCUGCCAGUGCCGUAAUGCCAACUGCUCUCUGCCAUCCUGCCAGAAGAUGAAGAGGGUUGUUCAACACACCAAGGGCUGCAAGCGCAAGACCAAUGGUGGCUGUCCUGUGUGCAAGCAGCUAAUUGCUUUAUGUUGCUACCAUGCUAAGCACUGUCAGGAGAACAAGUGUCCUGUGCCUUUCUGUCUGAACAUCAAGCAAAAAAUAUUUCAACAACAGAUGCAGCAGAGGUUCCAGCAAGCACAGUUGAUGAGGCGGAGAAUGGCCACCAUGACUGGACGAGGCAUGCCCAUGCCUUCACCACCUACCUCAGCUGUCCCUGAGGCCCCCAGCUCUGGACAGCAGCCAAUCACGCCCCAACCACAGCCCAUGCCUAACCAGCCACCACAACAGCAGCUACCACAUGCUGCAAACAUGGUCCAAGGCUUUCCCAACAAUGGACGCAUGAGUCAGCCCUCCACACCUGUGUCCCAUGGAAAACCUGGCUCCUCUCCUCUGCAUCAGCAGCAGUCUCCUCUGCCCAACAUGCCACACCAACAGCAGCCGCCGCCGCCGCAGCAGCAGCCGCCGCAGCAGCAGCAGCAGCCUCUGCUCGCAGCGCUGAAGGUCGCCAAGGAGAUAGAAAUGGUCGCUAAAGCGAGGCAACAGCAGAAUUAUGCCAUGAAUGUAAUGCCUAUGAACCACCCUCGAAUGAUGGGAGCCAUGCCGGGCCAGAUGCCGGGCCAGAUGCCGGGCCAGAUGCAGGGCCAGAUGCAGGGCCAGAUGCAGGGCCAGAUGCAGGGCCAGAUGCCGGGCCAGAUGCCGGGCCAGAUGCCGGGCCAGAUGCCGGGCCAGAUGCCGGGCCAGAUGCCGGGCCAGAUGCCGGGCCAGAUGCAGGGCCAGAUGCCGGGCCAGAUGCCGGGCCAGAUGCCGGGCCAGAUGCCGGGCCAGAUGCCGGGCCAGAUGCCGGGCCAGAUGCCGGGCCAGAUGCAGAUGAUGCAGGGCCCACGUGGUCCUCAUGUGAUGCAGAACAUGCAGCAAGGGCAGUGGGGAAUGCAGAAUCCCAUGCAAGGAGCCCAGGGUGUUCAGACCCAGGUGCCCGGUCCACAGGGUCCCAUGAGUGCACAGCAGGCUCCGGGAGGCCCAAUGGCCCCACAGGGUCAGCUGAUGCAGAGGCCCAUGAUGCCGCCACAGCAGGGGCUGCAAAUGCCUGGGGUCAUGAACCCUCAGGGGCCUUCACAGGGAAUGACUCCACAGCAGCCGAACAUGCCCCGUGGUAUGCCUGGGAACUUUGCUCCAAGUGCCCUGCAGGAUUUAUUGCGCACCCUCAAAUCUCCAACGUCACCCCAGCAGCAACGACAAGUCCUUAGUAUCCUCAAAUCCAACCCCCAACUCAUGGCUGCUUUCAUCAAACAGAGGACUCUCAAGUACCAGGCCAAGCAGCAGGCUCCUCAGCAGAGCCCUCAGGCCAUGAUGGGGGCCCAGGUAGGGAUGCAGCCCAUGGCCAACCAGGUGCAACAGCCAGGAGUGUCUCCUCAGCAGCCCACUCCACAGCAGCUCCCUGGGCCUCAGGGCAUGGUGCCCAUGGGUCCACAAGGACAAAUGAUGAAUGCUCAUCAAAAUGGCAACCCUCAAAUGUAUCGUCAGCAGAUGCUCCGCAUGCAACAAAUGCAGCAGCAGCAGCAGCAGGGGGGCAUGCACCAGGCUCAUGGUCAGUUUCCUCAACAGCAGUCAGGGCCCAACUAUACUCAGCUUCGUAUGCAACAGCAAAUGGCUGCGCAAGGAGGAGGGCCCAUGGGUCAACUGCCACCUACAUCCCAAAUGGGUCAGCCUGGCAUGGGUCCACCUGGCAUCGGUCAGCCUACCAUGGGUCAGCCUGGCAUUGCUAUGGACUCCCACCAAAACCUUCUCCAGCAGCGCAUGCUUCAGCAGCAACAACAGCAACAAAUGCUAAAACAGCAGAUGGGCUCUCCAGCCCAGAACAGCGCCAUGAGCCCACAGCCCCACAUGCUCCCAGGACAGCCCCCCGGAGUUCACUUAUCCGGUCAGAACAUGGCCAAUGCCCUCGGAAAUCAAGUACGCUCCCCUGCCCCGGUUCAGUCGCCACGGCCGCCCUCGCAGCAGCCACCACACUCAAGUCCCUCUCCUCGAAUACAACCCCAGCCCUCACCUCAACAUGGUACCCUUCACUCCAGCUCCCCCCACCCCAGCCUGGCCGGAGCCAUGUCAGGCACAUUAGAGCAGGGCCACCUCAGCACGCAGGAGCAAAGUGCCAUGCUCCCACAACUCAAUACACCAAACAGAGGCUUGAGUAAUGACAUGAGUUUAGGGGGAGACACCACGGGGGACACUCUAGAGAAAUUUAUUGAAGGGUUGUAGCAUUUGGAGACAGAAGCUGGGCCUUGUUCUGUUUUCAACUGAAAUAUUUUGUAUUUGCUCAAGUUGCAAAAUGCAAGCAAUUAAUUGAUUAAUCAGAGGCCUAGAGACUGUGAACGUUUCCUUCCAUCAAAUAAUGCUUUACUUCCGGAGUGAUUAAUUGAUGCUGUUAAAAAUAAGACAACAAAGACACAUUUUUGGUUUGACCAGUUCUGAAAGAAUUUUGUGUUUUAAAUUUUUGUUUAGGUUACGCUAUAGACAUGUAUCAAAACCUUGCACCAAAAAUCAUUUUAGUGUGUUUUUUUAUUUCUAUCUUUUUUUUUUUUUUUUUUUUUUUUUUUGAGAAAACUGUAAAGUUAUUUGUUCAAAAGGUUUUGCCAGGCUUCAACUUUUCCUCACUUUCCUUCCUGGCUAAUUUAUUCCGAUAUGCCAUUUUCAUGAAGACUGCCUUUGGGAAAGCCUUAAUUUCUUUCCUGUUGCAAAGUCUAUGGGAGAUUAUUAACAUAUUUGUACAGAUUUAAUAAUUAUUGCACACACAAACACAAUGUGCAGGUGCUCUUCUGCACUGAAACUUGAUGUUCACAGGUGCCCGAAUGUUGUUUUUCUACUGGUCCUUCCCAGUAUUUGUCUUGAAAUAGUAAAUGGCUGUGUUUUUUCAAAAAGCUUUUGCCUGUGGUGGGAAUUACCUGUUUGACUGCUGAUUUCUUUCAGUUUUUUGCCUUUUUCUCUUGCAUUAAACUUGAAUUGAUAAUGAACUGUUCUCAAAUGUAAAUUAUGCAGCUAGACAGUACUGUAAAUAUGAUGAAAAUAAGAAAGAAUCACUGUACAAAGUCACUAAUGUCUCAUUUCGUACUUAUUUACCAUAUUGUUAAAUAAACCUGUGUGCCACUGAA